AUGAGUCGUCCGAAUUCUUAUGGUCAACCAAUCUACACAACAAAUGCAAACGGUACUCGGGUGAUCGUUCAUCCCGAUGGAACCGAAGAGAAAUGUAUCUGCGAGAUUUGUACAUGCGGAAACCAUCACUGCGGACAUGUCGACGAAGCAUACAAAGGGGAUUUUGAGGGUGAAACAACUCAUCAAGCUGAUUACACAAAGAAAAGGGCUGAUCGCUCGAAAGCCCUUCGACCGCAAGAAACCGUGAUGCAAUCGGGGAAUUUCGACGGAAUGACCACUCAUCAAGCGGAUUAUUAUCGAAAGCAGGCUUCAAGAGCAAAAGCCCUUCGCCCAGUGGAAACGGUGGCAAACGGCGGGGAUUUCGAGGGUCUCACCACGCAUCAAGUUGAUUAUAUCAAGAAACAGGCGGCUCGGGCAAAAGCCCUUCGCCCGCAAGAAACCAUGGCACAAUCGGGUGAUUUUGAGGGACAAACCACUCAUCAAGCCGAUUUUUACAAGAAACAGGGUGAACGCUCGCGUGCGGUUCGCCCGCGAACAAUCGCUCGUCAAAGUGGCGACUUCGAGGGUCAAACCACGCAUCAAGUCGAUUAUGAUAGGAAAAGGGCUGAACGAGCACAAGUGAUUCGACCAAUGGAAACUGUUUUCGAGGCAGGAGAUUUCGAUGGAAUAACAACAAAUCAAGUUGAUUAUAUCAAGAAAAAGGCUGAAAAGUCUUAUCCAAUUCGACCACUGGAGACUAUUGUGCAAUCUGGGGAUUUUGAUGGAUUGACAACGCAUCAAGCGGACUUUUAUCGGAAAAGGGCUGAAAAAGCUCAAGCAAUUCGACCAAUGGAAACCGGAUUGGAAACUGGAGACUUUGAUGGAAUAACGACACAUCAAGCGGAUUACAUCAAGAAGAGAGGAGAAAGAGCUCAAGCGUUUCGACCAAUGAAAACCGACUUGGAAACUGGAGAUUUCGAUGGAAUCACAACACAUCAAGCUGAUUUCUAUCGAAAGAGGGGAGAAAAAGUGCCGCCAAUUCGACCAGUGGAAACCAUUAUGCAAUUUGGGGAUUUUGACGGAAUAACAACACAUCAAGCUGAUUAUUUGAAGAAAAGAGUCGAAAGAGCUCAAGCAAUUCGACCACAAGAAACUCGUCUGGAAGCUGGAGAUUUCGAUGGAGUCACCACUCAUCAAGCUGACUAUAUCAAGAAAAAAGGAGAAAAAGCUCAAGCAAUUCGACCACAGGAAACUGGUUUAGAGACAGGAGAUUUCGAUGGAGUGACAACUCAUCAAGCUGACUAUAUCAAGAAAAAAGGAGAACGAGCACAAGCGAUUCGACCACAAGAAACUGGACUAGAAACUGGAGAUUUUGAUGGAGUGACAACUCAUCAAGCUGACUUUAUCAAAAAGAGAGGAGAACGAUUACAACCGAUUAAACCUGCGGAAAUGCUUAUUCAGACUGGGGAUUUCGAUGGAGUGACAACUCAUCAAGCUGAUUACUUUCGCAAAAGGGCUGAAAAAGCUCAAGCAAUUCGACCAAUGGAAAUCGGUUUGGAAAGUGGAGAUUUCGAUGGAAUCACAACACAUCAAGCUGAUUACAUUAAGAGAAAGGGAGAACGAAUGCCACCGAUUCGACCUUAUGAAACGAUUCUCCAAAGCGGGGUUUUCGAUGGAAUCACCACUCAUCAAGCCGACUAUUUCAAGAAAAGAGCUGAAAAAGCUCAAGCGAUUCGACCACAGGAAACCGGUUUGGAAACUGGAGAUUUCGAUGGCAUAACCACUCAUCAAGCUGACUAUUUUCGAAAAAGAGGAGAAAGAGCGCACGCGAUUCGACCAAAAGAGACCGGAUUGGAGACUGGGGAUUUUGAUGGGAUAACGACGCAUCAAGCUGAUUAUUUUAGAAAGAUUGCUGGCCGCUCUGUGCCAGCUCGUCCACUUCCGGAUUCUCUCGCCAACAUGGGACAAUUCGAUGGAACAACCACAAUGAAGACCGAUUUCACGAAAAAGUACGUCGACGUGUGCCCGGUGGAGAAAAUUUUGGCCAAAAGGGAUCGCUCGUACCAUUUCUUCGAGAAUCGCAAGGGUCAUCAAUUCUAUCGUCGUGAGCCCCGAAUCGUCAUCGGA